AUGAACGGAUCUGGUGAACUUGCGAACGAUUCUAACGGGACGGCGUCUGUGCCCUUGGCGGACUGGGUCGAGGUGCUCCCCGCCGAACUGAAGGCGACGCUCGUCAGCCUGAUCGGGCUGGGGCUCGUCCUGGGGAACGUCUUCGUGGUGGUGGUGAUCCUGAGGUCCGCGGCGCUGAGGAACUACACGGGCUACCUGACCGUCUCCCUGGCGUGCGCCGACAUGUUACCGGGUCUCCUGGUCAUCCCCUUCAGCGUCCGGCCGGCCUGGACAGGCCACUGGACGUACGGACAGACGCUCUGUAUGCUGACAGCGUUCUUCUCUUGUGUCUCCGCCCUGGCGUCUACCUUCUCCCUGGUCGCCCUCGCCGUCAACCGGUACAUCCUCAUCGUCCACGCCAUGAAGUACCAGAGCAUCAUAGGAACGAAGCUGUGCGUCGCCAUGAUUGGUGCUGCCUGGAUCCUGCCUGUCCUCAGCUUCUCUACCAAAAUCUUCGAACACAAAAGGUACCAUUUCUUACCCAACGCUGCGCACUGCACUUUUGACUUCGCCGGGCCGAUUGACCUGGCUUGCGGCAUCGCUUUCGUCGCAGUCCUGGUCCUUGUGGUGAGCGUUCUUCACUGUAAAGUGUACGCAGUGGCGCGGCGUCAUCUCAAGAAUAUCUACCACUACAACCCUCACGCCACGGAAGACAAGGGCGCCAAGACGACGGCCGCCAUCACCUUCGCGUUCUGCCUGACGUGGGUGCCGUACUGCGUCCUGGCCGUCUGGCAGCACAUGUUGGAGUACCCGACCCACCCUGACGUGGAGUUCGCCCUGCUGUGGCUUUUCCCCUGCCACGGGAUCGUCAACGUCUUCAUCUACAGCGGGCUGAACAGGGCGUUCCGUGAACAGGCCAAGAAGCUGCUCGCCUCCCUCUGUACCUCCGUGCUGCAGUGCCUGAAUGAAGCCACCGGGCCCCGUAGAGAGGACGCCAUCACAUCGCCCUCCCCACAAGCCCGUUCUGGCAUCACCGGUUCCAGCGCACGAACAGUCGACACCACUCCAACACAAACCAAGGAGGACAUCCUCAUGAAAGAACUGGACAUUGUCAGAGAGCUGGACAUUAUCAGCGAGUUUGGACCACACCAAACUGGACUUUGA